UUAUUGUCAAUAUCCAAAGACUCAAUUUGUCUUAUUUUUUUCCAUUUCUAUAUAUAAUUACAUGCAAUUCAUCCUUUUUAGCUAACAGUAAUGAUCAUGGAAAAUUUCUUUUGGGUUGUAUCACUUAUUAUUUGCUUUCUUUUGAGCUUUAAACUCAUUAAUCUUGAAGCAGCUCCACAGGAUGCACUCAUCACACAAAUCCCUGGCUUCAAUGGAACUUUACCUUCAAAACACUAUGGAGGCUAUGUAACGUUCGAUGAGAAGAAUCUAUUCUACUAUUUCAUUGUUUCGGAAAGGAAUCCAUCGGAAGAUCCUGUUGUUUUAUGGCUAAAUGGAGGACCCGGUUGCUCUAGUUUUGAUGGAUUUGUGUAUGAACAUGGACCAUUCAAUUAUGAAAAAGGACAGUCAGAAGAAAGCUUGCCAAUCUUGCAUCUCAAUCCAUAUAGUUGGUCCAAGGUUUCAAACAUAAUAUAUUUAGAUUCUCCUUGUGGAGUUGGUCUUUCUUAUUCAAACAAAACAAGUAACUACAAAACUGAUGACUGGCAUACUGCUGCUGAUACACACACUUUCCUUCUUAAGUGGUUUGAGUUAUAUCCAGAGUUCGCCAAAAAUCCGUUUUAUAUUUCGGGGGAGUCCUAUGCUGGAAUUUAUGUGCCUACCCUUGCAACUGAAGUUGUAAAAGGGAUAAAGAUCGGUGUAGAGCCCAUUAUAAAUUUCAAAGGUUACUUGGUGGGUAAUGGGGUCACUGAUACGAAUUUUGAUGGCACUUUAAUUUCUCUUCUGCCUUUUGCUCAUGGAAUGGGACUUGUUUCUGAUGACAUUUACCAGGGAGUUCAAGCUGCUUGCUAUGGAAAUCAAACUAACCAACAGAAUUGUUAUAAAAGCGUCGAUAAAGUUUAUGAGGCUAUAUCGGGACUAAACAUUUACGAUAUUCUGGAGCCAUGCUACCAUGACCCAAAUGCAUAUGAAGAUCCAAAAGGAAAUAAAACAAGCUUAUGGCCGGUGAGUUUCCAGCAAUUAGGGCAAACGGAGAAACCUCUUAAGGUCAGGAAGAGAAUGUUUGGCCGGGCUUGGCCGCUUCGCGGACAGCUUCCACCCGGCACCUUAUGGCCUGAACUCGCCGGACAUGGCAGCGUAAUGUGCUUUGAUGAUGAAGUGGCGACUGCAUGGCUAAAUGAUGAAUCAGUUAGGAAAGCAAUUCAUGCUGAGCCGAAAUCUGUUGCUGGAGAAUGGGAGUUAUGCUCUAGUAGAAUAACAUAUUCUAGUUUCAGCUCAGGAAGUAUGCUUCCUUACCACAGGAACCUAACCACCCAAGGAUAUCGAGCACUCAUAUAUAGUGGAGAUCAUGAUAUGUGUGUGCCAUUCACCGGAACUCAGGCAUGGACAAGGUCACUUGAAUAUAAAAUAAUUGAUGAAUGGAGAUCAUGGAAAUCUAACAAUGAAGUUGCUGGGUACUUGCAAGGAUAUGAUUACAACUUCACCUUCCUUACCAUAAAGGGUGCAGGGCAUACAGUUCCUGAAUACAAGCCAAGAGAAUCAUUAGAUUUCUAUAGCCGUUGGUUGGAUGAAAAGCCAAUAUAAAUCAAUGGUUUUCCAAUUUUCACUUUUCUUUUAUUUGGGAAAACAUUUAAUAAUUAGCUUUUACAAGGAAUUGAAACUUCGCUGUUUGAUGAUAA